AUGUUUUUGACUUCCUCUAGCCCAUGUGGCCGUUUCAUACUACUAUGCUUGAGCCUACUCCUCCUUCUACGACCUGGACGAGCUUAUGAGGAACUAUCUGAUGAGACACUGAAGACAUUGCCACGGCCAAGUGACGAGUUUAAUAUCCAUAACGGGGCCAUCUUGUCUCCUAUCCUCCAGACUCGUGUACCUGGCACCCCUGGCCACGAUGCGGUCCUCGAUCACCUAGUCAACUACAUACGGACGACUGUGCCCAAAUGGGAGAUCGAACUCCAAAAUUCCACCUCUGAAACACCGGUUUCCCAGGGCAAAGACGUGCCGUUUGUCAACAUAAUCGCAUACCGUGAUCCCCCAGGCGCCCCCGUUGGAGACGUUGAACGACUCACAUUAGUCGCCCACUAUGACAGCAAAUUGACCCCGGAGGGCUUCAUUGGUGCAAUUGACAGUGCUGCACCAUGCGCUAUGAUUAUGCAUGCAAUGCGCACUAUUGAUAUCGCGCUGGACAAAAAAUGGGCUGCGAUGCGGGAGAAGGGGCUGGACCCUGCCUUCGAGGAAGAGUGCGGCAUUCAGGUCCUUUUUCUCGACGGCGAAGAAGCAUUUGAAACCUGGACAAGUACAGACUCUCUAUACGGGGCACGCUCACUGGCGGAAACCUGGGAUCAACAAAUGAACCCGGCCAUGUCUACAUUCAAGACAAAACUGUCCUCUAUCUCACUAUUCGUUCUUUUGGAUUUACUGGGCUCUAAGAGUCCUAAUAUCAUGUCCUUCUACCAGACUACUCACUGGGCUUAUCAAAAUAUGGGUGGCUUGGAACAGCGACUAAGGUCAUUGGGUCAAUUUAAGUCCUCAUCAACCAGUCCAUGGUUCAUCGAUACCUCCAAGGAUUCGCAUCAAGUUGUCGCUAUGGGUGGUAUUCAGGACGAUCAUAUUCCUUUCCUGGCGCGAGGCGUGGAUAUCUUGCACGUUAUCGACUUUGCACCAUUCAAGGGAUUUUCUCAUGUCUGGCACACUAUCGAUGAUGAUGCAGAGCAUCUGGAUAUGGCUACAGUCGAAGACUGGACCGUUCUCAUCACAGCUUUUGCCGCGGAGUGGAUGGAAUUGGAAGGUUUCCUCGGUCAAUCAGCAACCGUGAAAGCACGCAUGGCUGAAGAUCCCGAAGAGCAAGCCAUUCGUCUGAACAAAAAGACUGAAUUGUAA